CCUGUUGUAAAAUUGGAAUUCAUGUUAAUUUAUUGUCUAUUUCUGUCGUGAAAUAUUUGUAUGUGAUUCGUACUACUUACUUGUUAUUGUGAUCUCGUCGGUCUUAUGUCAGAAGAUCAAGAUCAGCCUAGAAGAACCAGUAGACGAACGCAAGGAAUUCCACCAGCCUACUUAAAAACCUACGCCAUCGAAAUGCCAAUCGAACACUCGCCAGCAAAAGACACAGCAGGUACAAGUAUUCACACAGAGGAUCGUCAAGACGCGAACACCCAAAAUGCCCCUAAGAAACUAUCAAAUCCUCCUGCCAAAACCUCACCAACGAAACUAAGUCGUGAACUAAAGAAGCAAGUGGAUCAACUCCAACGACAAAUGCAAGCCAUGCAAACUGAGUACUUAACCUCAACACAACAAUUGGAAGCCCAACUCACUGCCACUGUGCAACAAAUUCAAAGUUUUUUCACAAAUAAUCAAUCCACUGCAACAACAACACAACAGCAAAGAAACCCACGAAGUUCACCACCGUCCACACAACAGCCACAAAUGUCGACAGCUUCGGAAAUCUCAUACUCACAAAAUUAUUCUAUGGUACCACACAAGAAAAUUUAUCCACUUCCUAUUUUUACAGGUCUUCCAGAGGAAUGGCAAACAUUUUAUGAAGCCUUCGAAACCACCACAACAGAAUUUGGUUACACAAAUUUGCACAACAUAAUGCGCCUUCGAGAAUCGAUCAAAGGCCGUGCUCGAGAAACCGUGGAAUCACUUCUGUCAAAUUCUGCAAACGUAGCCACUAUUUUGGAAAUCCUCAGGGAAACAUAUGGUCGUCCAGAACAACUAGUCAGAAGCCAGAUAGAAAAGGUUCGCGCCAUCCCACCGCUAGCAAACGACAACUUAGAUUCACUCGUCAACUAUGCCACAAAAAUUUCAAAUAUGACGACAUUUCUAAAAAAUAUCAAAGGUGAGCAUCAUUUAUCCAACCCAUCUCUGCUCAGUGAACUCGUCUCAAAACUUCCGACAAAUCGACAAAUGCAAUGGGCCGAAAAAUCUUUAACACUGGAGCGACCAGCCACUAUAGUCGAUUUCUGCGAAUGGCUCUCCAUUUUAAGACGACUCGCCAACAUUGUAAACGACACUCUUCCAAUAGCAUCAACUUCUGCCGGCCGCCGUCAAACGACCUCUACCAACCCUCAAGGACGAAAGUAUGCUUGUGUUGCAGUCAUUCAAAAAUGCCUUAUAUGUGAAGGUGAGUGCCAUAAUAUCAAAGAAUGCCAAUCCUUUUUACAGAUGCCCGUUAACGAUCGUUGGAGCAAAAUACAACAAACAAAGACGUGUUUUUGUUGCCUUAAACGGGGCCAUCGUAUUAAAUUUUGUACACAGAAAAGAAAAUGUGGCAUAAACAAUUGUCCAAAACUUCACCACCGAUUGCUACACAACACACAACCGCACAUCAAUACAACAACUUCAUUAUCAACACAACAAACGUCAACCUCAUCUAUGGAAACACGGAACGAAAGCCAAAAUAUACCCGAAGCACCACAAGCCGAUGCCAGAAUUUGCCAUGCAACAAACGAAGCCAACAAUAUAUUAUUUCAAAUAUUGCCCGUAAAACUGUAUGGGACCACUAAAACCUUAACAACAUAUGCCUUCGUGGACGACGGCGCAAACGUGUCAAUGCUGGACGAAAACCUAUCCCGAGAACUUGGCUUACGCGGCGAACCCGAAAUCCUGCAACUCCAAUGGCUCAACGAUCAUCAAAUAUCUCGAAAAACCGAAAAAAUUAAUUUAACCGUAAGUGGAGUUGGUCAUUGUGAAGAAAAAUUUACAAUUUCUAAUGUUUACAUUUCGCCUGAACUGUCAUUGCCGAUCCAGAGCUGCCACAUAUCACAUUUCUUGAAAUCCCGUGGAUUGGAAAAAAUACCCGCAAAAGACUAUUCACAUGUUCAGCCAAAAUUGAUUUUAAGUUUAAAUCAUUCCUUUUUAACAGUGCCAUUGCAGGUUCCACGUAUGCUAGCAGAUGGUGGUCCAUUCAUAUCCAUGACAAGGUUGGGAGCAAUAAUAUAUGGUCCCUUUCCAGGAGAGAAAAUCUCAACAACAAAGCGUUUACAUAUCCAGAGAAGAGUGGAUGACCAUGAAAACCAGUUGUUGCAGGAAAUGCAUGACAUGAUGAGGGGCUAUUUCGACAUAGAAACACUAGGUGUGAAAGUGAGUACAAAAAAUAUGAGGUCUAAGGAUGACGAAAGAGCUUUGAUGUUGCUAAAAUCUAAUACGAAGAAAGUUCAUGAACGGUACGAGUGUUCAUUGCUAUGGAAGGAGUACGUGCCACCAAUACCAGAUUCAUAUGCGACAGCAUUAAAACGUCUAUAUUCAAUUGAAAGAAAAAUGGCAAAAGAUCGUGAGUACGCCACACAAUAUUGUGACAAAAUUAAUGAUUAUAUCAAAAAAGGCUACGCAAGAAAAUUAUCUCAGGAAGAAAUUGAAAAUGCUAGCGAACGAAUUUUUUACUUGCCACAUUUUGGUGUAAAAAAUCCAAAUAAGAAAGGCAUUCGCCUUGUGUUUGAUGCGGCAGCCGAAACUAAUCAAUUUUCUUUAAAUAAAGCUCUAUUACAGGGGCCUGACAUAAACAACUCAUUAAUUUCGAUUCUUUUCAAAUUUAGAGAAGCUCCUGUUGCAGUCUGUGGAGACAUCCAAGAAAUGUUCCACCAAAUUGCCAUCACCAAAGAAGACCAACAUAGCCAAAGAUUUUUAUGGAGAGACGGGAUGGACCAUAAACCGGUGGAAACAUAUGUGAUGCAGAGGUUGAUUUUUGGUGCCACCUGUUCCCCCACAAUAGCACAGUACAUCAAAAAUGUUAACGCAAAAAAUUUUAUAGAAGAGGCACCGAGAGCUGUCCAUGGAAUAGUGGAGCGUCAUUAUGUGGAUGAUUACGUUGAUUGCUUCCAGUCAGAAGAGGAAGCAAUUCAGGUUUUAAAGGACGUAAUUCGAAUUCAUAAAGUCGGCGGUUUUAAUCUGCGUAAUAUUUCAUCCAACUCGGCAACUAUUAAAAACAUGUAUGGCAACCCUGUAAUUGAAAGUAACCAUAGUGAUGAGUUUCUCAGCAGUAACCAGACCGAACGGGUACUUGGCAUUCACUGGCUGUCACAACCAGAUAUUUUUCAUUUUCUAUUAAAAUUGCACAAAGUGGACGGCGAAAUAGUAAAUUGCAACAAAAUUCCAACCAAACGUGAAAUGUUGUCGUUAAACAUGUCGAUAUACGACCCGUUUGGUUUUAUAGCGGAUUUCCUAAUUACGUCGAAGGUAUUAAUGCAGCGUGUGUGGAAAAGUGGUACAAAAUGGGAUGAGGUACUGCCGCCGGAUAUCUAUAGCCAUUGGAAGACCUGGUUGGAAGAAUUGCAGAAAAUUUUGGAAUUUUCUGUGCCUCGUUGUUACUCAGGAGCUUUCGAAAAGAGUUUGGUGGACAUGCAUAUCUUCGUGGACGCAAGUGAAGAGGCGAUGGCUGUUGUGGCGUACUGGCGGAUGGUAAACAAUUCAUCUACAGUUUUGCAGUGGAUUCGAUCGGAUCAUCGUAAGUACAAGCAGUACGUGGCCAACAGGGUGGCGGAAGUUUUAGAAAAUAGCUGUGCAAAGGAUUGGCGAUGGUGUCCAGGUGUUGAAAAUCCUGCGGAUGAUGCCACAAGGGCAAAGUAUUCAAAAAACUACAACGCGGACGGACGGUGGAAGAAUGGGCCAAAAUUUCUUUUGUUAGACGAAUCUAAAUGGCCUAAGGUGGCGGAGAUGGGCGAAAAGAUAGAUCGCAGCGCAACAGAACUACGGGCAAAAUAUAGAAUCCUUGUUACUCAUCAGGUAUGUGCUGUCGUACCAAAUUUUAAUCGAUUUUCAAAAUAUCGCAGGCUAAAGCGGGCGAUGGCAUGGAUACACCGCUAUAUAAAAAAUUUGAGGCGGUGUGUUAGAGGCGAAACUUGUAUGGUGGGUGAGCUGGACGUCGAGGAAGAGGUAAAGGCCGAAUUGUACUUGUGUCGCUACGUUCAACAUCAGUAUCUUGCUGACGAACUAGAAGAUUUGCGGAAAAAUGGUCAUGUGUCUCAAGACAGCAGCAUAAAAAUGUUAAAUCCGUAUGUUGAUGAUGAAAACAUUCUGCGUGUGUCUGGCCGUUUAGAAAAUGCAAAAUUUUUGUCAUUGGAAGCACGUCGUCCAAUAAUUUUGCCAAAAGGCAGCCCGUUUACUCGACUUGUCGUGCAGUCAUACCAUCAAAAAUUUUUACACAUUAACAUGGCGACGGCGUUAAGUGAAAUCCGAUUGCGCUUUUGGGUACCUUCUCUACGCCAAUUGCUUAAGAGCGUUCAAUCAGCAUGCCAGGCUUGCAAAAUUCGUGCUGCUAAACCAAAUCAACCACAGAUGGCCCCUCUGCCAGUAGAACGAGUCACCCCGUAUGUACGAGCCUUCACCUACACUGGUUUGGACUAUUUUGGACCGGUGAGUGUUGCUAUAGGACGAAGGCGUGAAAAGAGGUGGGUAGCCCUGUUCACCUGCCUUACAAUCCGCGCCGUGCACCUGGAAAUUGCAGCUGAUCUAUCGAGCGAUGCCUGCCUCCUUUGUAUCCGAAAUUUUGUCAACAGAAGAGGGGUCCCAGUACUCAUCCGCAGCGACAACGGGACGAAUUUCGUUGGAAUACCAAAGGAGCUGCAAGGUGUAAGUAACUUUGUUAACAAUGACUCUCUCGCUUCAGGUGUAACAGCACUAGGCAUAAAAUGGCUUUUCAACACUCCGUCCAAUCCCAGUGAAGGUGGUGUUUGGGAAAGGCUCGUACAGUCGGUCAAAAAGGCGCUCUACAUUAUGCUGAAGGAGCAGGCACCCAGGCUGGCAACAUUGCAGGCCUUCUUAAUCGAAACGGAAAAUAUGGUAAAUUCAAGGCCUUUGACCCAUCUUCCGAUAAGCCCAGAUGAUCCUGAGCCUUUGACGCCUAACCAUUUUUUACUUGGCUGCACAAAUUCUACACAAACUCCAGCCCCCUUUGAGCCCAGGUUGUUAUGCCUAAGAAAGCAGUGGCGUGUACUCCAAUGUUUAAAGAAUGGCAUGUGGCGCCAAUGGAUCCGUGAGUACUUGCCCGAAUUGACUCGGCGAACAAAGUGGUGCCUUCCAUCCCAACCUCUUGAAGUCGGCUGCUUGGUUUUUAUAUGCGAUGUGGAGGCUCCAAGGUCCCAUUGGAAACGUGGUCGCGUUAUUGAACUUCACAAAGGCAAAGAUGGCGUAGCUCGGUCUGCUGAUGUGAGGACCAGCACUGGUAUUUUGCGAAGGCCUUUAUCAAAACUGGCGGUGCUGGAUGUCAAGCUUGGCGUUGGUAUUGGAAGUGAAUCUUCACCCGGUGGUUCAGUUCACGGAGGCGGGGAUGUUGGAGAUGGUAACCCUAGCUUUGGUAACGCAAAUCAAAUGUCAUCCAACCCCAGAAUAUCCCAAGCUGAGAGAAGGACAACAACAUGAUCCUUCUAUUUACAAUAUUGAUUUAAAAUUGUUUAUGUAUUAGAAAGAAGAUUGUAUUUUUGUAGCACUUAAAGAGCAUAUAAAUAGGCCCAUCAGGCAAAACAAUCUUCCCCUUUUUGCUCAUAACCGAAAACAAUAAGUAAGACUGAUCCUAUUUUCCUAUUUCCUAUUUUGUUAAAUUUUAUAUCUUUAAGUUGUUCACUUAAAUUUGCAUAAUUUUACUGUGAUUUAUUCCUCUAAUACAAGUGUAUAUUUGUGCCUUUUUUUAUAGUGAAUAAACCAUCUUAAACUACACUAAGCCAAACCAUAUCAUCAUUGUACACACACACUCACUCAUACCUACCAUUUCUAUAGUGCCAAAUAAAUAAAAGGAAUGGAUGCAAGAAAUAUUAAAGCAAA